UCGUUCAUCUCCCUCUCCCCCCAACUUCAUUGAACUCCAUUUCUCACUCGCUUGUCCGAAGAGAAGAUGUGAUGGAAUCGAAGGGCGACGGACGGAGGAGAGACGAGGCGAUGGCGGCGGCGCAGCAACAGCAAAGGAUAAUAGUGCCGAAGCCGGAGCCGACGGAGAUGGUAGCCGGGUUGCCGGUGCUGAGAAGGCCGGCAGGGGGGAGGACAAAGGACCGGCAUACGAAGGUUGAGGGACGUGGACGGCGAAUCCGGAUGCCGGCAGCGUGCGCGGCGAGGAUAUUCCAGUUGACUCGUGAACUUGGGCAUAAGUCCGAUGGGGAGACGAUCCGGUGGCUUCUCCAGCACGCGGAGCCAGCUAUCAUCGCCGCUACUGGUACCGGCACCGUCCCUGCCAUCGCCACCACCGUCGGCGGCACGCUUCAGAUCCCUACGCAAUCGCAGACGACGCCGGUCACUGCUUCAUCGACGACGUCAGCGGAGGAGGCCGAGGAGGCGGCGAAGAAGCGGCGAAGGACGAAGCUUCAACCAACGAGGGCGGCGGGGUCAAGCGCAGCCACGGGGUACUAUCAGAGCGUGCCGGUGCAUGAUCCGAUGUUGGGUGGGGCCGGAGCGGUGAGCAUAUCGACGGGGUUGGCACCGAUUGGGACGGCGCAGGGGUUGGUGCCGAUGUGGGCGCUCGGAGGUGCCGGCACGGUCGCUGGAGCUGGAAGAGUAAUCCCGCCAACCGCGGUCUGGAUGGUGCCCCCUUCUGCGACGACGAUCGCCGGACCAUCCGGUCAGCAAGCUCAAAUAUGGGCGUUCCCGUCGACCACCCAAAUCAUCAACCUCACGCCGGCGAGACCCGCUGCCGCGGUGUUCCCAGGGCUUAACAUAACCGCUGGCGCCGUGGAGCACCAAGUAAUAACACCGUCAGAGGGGAAACCGGAGUUACAACUGAUGCACCGACGUGAAGCGGAGACCGAGGCGGUUGUGACUACGGAGGAGAACAACGAUGACGACGAAGACGAAGAGCAGCAACGACAACAACAACCGCUCUCAAGCGCUGACGAUUAAAAUUUUUAAAAUUUUCUUUCUUUUUUUUUUUUUUUAAUUAUGUGUUUAAAUUUUAAUUUCUCUUAUUUUCAGGUUUUUAAUUAAUUAACAACCUUUUUUUUUUAAAGUUGGGCACGGUACUGGUAGUAUGGCUUUCUGAGUCUCGGGGGCUGGUAGGGUCAGCACGUGCGCACGUGAGGAUUUCUAUGGUUACUUGCCUAACGCUUUAAAACUAGAGUAGGCUUUUAGGCUUAAGAGGUGGUUGGUGGUCCCCUUCUUAGUUCUUCUUGCCAAGUGGGUCAAACUUCAAAGGGUGCGGCUUCCG